AACUCUUUAAUCUUUUUUACUCGUCCAUAAUUAGCGGAAUUCCACGUUGACGUUCUCUCAUUCUCUCCCACUAUAAUUCUCAGAAGCUAGCUUUCUGCAUCAAAGCCUCCUUACUCACAGAUACUUUAUUUUUGGGAAAAGGCUUACUAUGAUGAUGAGAAGUUUCUUUCCUUUGAACGAUUGAUGAUUUCAGUUACUUGAGAUCAAAUUACUGUAAGGGUUGCGAUCUUUCCGGUAUCAAGUUGUCUGAUAACAGGCAGAUUGAAUAUCUGUGUUAUACGAAUUUGAGAUGUUUGAUGAAGUGGGUUUCUACUUUCUUGUGAUUUUGAUUAUUGUAGUCGAAUAGUGACAAACUGAAAGGAAUUGAAGCUCUUCAUAAUGUAAUUUAGAGUGAGCUCAAGCUCUUCUAUACGAAGAUCUCUGAAGCCCUAAUGUCUUAAAAGAGACAAGGGCCUUUGGUGGGAGGUUAUGAUGGAUAAUAUGGCAGUGCCUUCAGCUCUAUGUGAUAUUGUGCCUAUUUUAAAUUUUGCUGAUGAAGUUGAACCUUAUCACCCGAGGGCUGCAUACCUUUGUCGAAUGCAUGCCCUUGAUAAAGCUCAUAGACAAGAUCCACUAUCAAGUGGUCGUGGUGUUCAUCAAUUCAAGACUGCCCUAAUUCAUCGCCUACGCAAGGAAAAUGCAACAACAUUAAGAGGAAGAAUAGAUACUGAUGCACGUGAAAUGCAGGCCUUUUAUCGGCAUUAUUACAGCAAGUACAUUCAACGCCAACAAAAUGCUGAUAAACCUGCUGAUCUUACCCAUUUUCCAAAAGAGUAUCAAAUGGCUGCUGUCCUAUUUGAGGUUUUGAAGGCUCUCAGUCUGGAAGAAUCCAUCGAAGUGCCAGAUGAGAUAUUAGAAGCACACGCACAUGUUGCUGAGAUGGUAAAAUUGUCUACUCAUGGUAUACUUCCAGUCGAACCUGAAAGUUCAGAUCAAGCACUAGUAAGAUAUCGAGAGAUCAAACAACCAAAUGACUUCAAAAUCCCCCUUCAGACCAUAAAAGAUUGUACCCAAGACUUUGAUGAAAGAAAUUUUAUCGGGAAGGACACUCGGGAAGAAAGACCUACAAUCGCUGAAGUUGCAUUCCACCUUAAGGAGGCCAUGAAAAAUCAAUUGGAAGAUGAAUAACUCGUCAGGAAGGGAACACCAUCGUAACUUUUACCAUCCUCUAGCGCUACCUCAUUUGGAGCCAUGGGACAAUAUAUGUUACCUAUCCUAACAAGACACUCUCACCCCUCCCCCUAGCGAUGUUUAUUUCCUAUUUGGUUGUUGGAUGUUUCCAUCAUUUCAGAAACGUCUCCUUUGUUUUCCUUGGUCCUCAAUCUUAUGCUUUUGUUUCAUUCUUUCUUCUUGUAUCCGUAUGUGCAUUGUUUCACUCAUUAUUCAAACAUAUUUUUCAAAAGGAAAUAAAUUUUGU